AUGAGGGUGUUGAAGGCCGGUGUCAAGCGCGAUGACUACAACUGGCGUCAGAUCCGUCCCGGACUAUGGCAGCGCGAUGCCGACGAAGCCGAAGUGUUCUACUCAACCCUGGCCAAGCUCUACGCAGGAUCCGGACGGAUGCACUUCGCCAUCACGGGCCACAUCGCCCUGACCAUCAGUGUCCCUGAAGAUGAGGACCCGGAAGUCGUCUCCAGACGGCUUGACGAGUCCCUCCGGAUUGCCUGGCUCAGACAACGCUACGAAACUCCAACCAUCGCCUCAUCUGUGCAUUACGACGCUCUCGACGGAAAGUGGAAAAAGUCCUACCGAACCAUUCCCGACGACGCAUCGACAAAAGCAUGGCUCGAAAGGACAUUCCAAGUGGUAUCAACCGGCCAAACAGGCGAAGACUGGGCCAACUCCGAUCCACCCGCUCCAACCACACCCACUCUGUUCGUCAUCUGUCCUUGCGCUGUAAUUACAUCCCAGGAUCCUUCCACCAUCUGCAUCCGCCGCGACCUCGUCCUGCGCUCUCCCCACGACAUCAUCGACGGCAUCGGCACGCUCCACUUCCUCAACAGUCUCGUCACUAAAACCACCCAAGCCUUCACCGAAGGCGAAUUCUUCCGCGAGCUCCCCGUCUUUGACGGCUCCGAAGCAUCCAACCUCAGUCCGCCCUACCGAGUAGCCGCCAACAUUCCCUCGACUCCCACUCCCGAGCACCAAACCCGAUUAUCCACCACCAAAGCCCCAGCCUCGCAACCUUUAAAUCCCGAUAUACCCUUUUUUGAAGAAAUCGGCAUCCCCUACACCAAAGGCUCUCUCUUGCCUGGGAAACAUCAACGCAUAGCGCACUACCUCUCCCGCGAACGCACCUCGGCGCUCAUCACCUUCCUCAAGAACUACCACCCGGGUAUAACGGUGACGCACGCUUUCCACGCCGCUAUCGCUCUCACACUGCGCAAUGCCCAUCUUAAACUUCCCUCCUCCAGCUCCACCUCCAGCUCCAGCGUCAAGACCUCUUCCUCCAUAUACACCAACUACCUCCUCCGCAACGAACGCGCAGCCUGCCAGCCCCCCUACAACACACCCUUACACUGCGUCUCAGUAUAUCACUCCCUACCCUCAACCAAGUUACAGGUAGAUAUGUCAUCUACACCCUCUACCACUUCCCAAGAAAAAAGAGCGGAAUUUGAAACAGUCUUGAACCACAUCAAGGAUUAUUACACAAAUGUGAGGGACGAUCCCAUGCAUUCCGCUCUAGCCCCAGCGAUCUGGGCAAACUGGACACCUGUCCUUCCUGAAGCGGUGUUGAAGGGAGAAGAAAAGAUAGAAGUGCCCAAGCCAAAGGAGGUGCCGAGUGUUAGUGUUUCGAGCAUGGGGGUUGUUGAUAGGAUUUUGAAGAGGGUACAUGAUCUCGGAGAGGAAAGAGGAAUGAAGUUGGAGGUGCAUAGGCCGUGGGUGACGGGGGAGGAACUGACGAAUGGGUUGGGGGUGUUUUUGGGCACGUUUGAUGGGGAGUUGUGUUUGAGUUGUGCGUUUAAUGAGGCGUGGCAUGAUAGAAAGGGAGUGGAUGAGUUUUUGUGGGAGGUGGAAAGGGUGGUUGGUGGUUGGGUGGAGGGAGGCACUGGGGUUGGUGGAUCCUGA